AUGUCCGCCACCCCGACUCCUCGUACGGUACACGACCCGCUCCUCUUCGAAGUCGCCUGGGAGGUAGCCAACAAGGUCGGAGGUAUCUACACCGUCAUCAAGACCAAGGCUCCCGUCACCGUCGCCGAGUAUGGGAGCAGGUACACGUUGAUCGGGCCGUUGAGCUACAAGACGGCGCCUAUGGAGGUGGAGAAUGUCGAACCUCCCGCUGGAUCGCCGCUCGCCCUCUCGCUCCAAGCCAUGAGGGACCGAGGUAUCAAGCUCAUCUACGGUCGAUGGCUGAUCGAGGGAGCGCCCAAGGUCAUCCUCUUUGACACUGGGUCGGCUUACAACCGGUUGGACGAGUGGAAGGCCGAUCUCUGGAACUUGGCUGGGAUCCCUACUCCGCCGAAUGAUAACGAGACCAACGAGACGAUCGUCUUUGGGUACUUGGUCGCUUGGUUCUUGGGCGAGUUCGCUGCCCGCCACAGGACCUCGGCCAUUAUCGGACACUUCCACGAAUGGCAAGCCGGUCUGGCCAUCCCGCUCUGUCGAAAACGUCAUAUCGACGUGACGACCAUCUUCACCACCCACGCGACCCUCUUGGGAAGGUACCUCUGUGCCGGAUCGGUCGAUUUCUACAACAACUUGCAGUACUUUGAUGUCGAUCACGAGGCUGGGAAGCGAGGGAUUUACCACAGGUACUGUAUCGAGCGAUCGUCGGCCCACUGCGCCGAUGUCUUUACCACCGUCAGUCACGUUACCGCUUUCGAGAGCGAGCACUUGUUGAAGCGAAAGCCCGACGGAGUUCUUCCCAACGGUCUCAACGUCGUCAAGUUCCAGGCGAUGCACGAGUUCCAAAACUUGCACGCCCUCUCCAAGGCCAAGAUCAACGAAUUCAUCCGAGGUCACUUUUACGGGCACUACGACUUUGACCUCGAGAACACGGUCUACAUGUUUACCGCGGGAAGGUACGAAUACAGGAACAAGGGUGUCGACAUGUUCCUCGAGAGUUUGGCCCGUCUGAACAGCCGAUUGCAAAAGAUGGGCUCCAAGACGACUGUUGUCGCUUUCAUCAUCAUGCCCGCUGCCACCAACUCGUACACGAUCGAAGCCCUCAAGGGGCAGGCCGUCAUCAAGCAGUUGCAGGACACCGUUCAAGAGAUCCAGAACAGGAUUGGAAACCGAUUGUUCGAACACGCCGCUCGAUACGACGGAGAGCUCGGAACCGAGGUUCCCGACGCCAAGAGCUUGUUGUCGGACGAGGACAAGAUCCUCCUCAAACGUCGAGUGUUUGCGCUCAAGAGGAACUCGCUCCCUCCCGUCACCACCCACAACAUGCAAGACGACGCCAACGAUCCGAUCUUGAACCAGAUCAGGAGGACUCAGUUGUUCAACAAGAAGAACGACAGGGUCAAGGUCGUCUUCCACCCCGAGUUUUUGAACUCGAACAACCCGAUUUUGGGUCUGGAUUACGAAGAGUUUGUCAGGGGAUGUCACUUGGGAGUCUUCCCCAGUUACUACGAGCCUUGGGGUUACACUCCGGCCGAGUGUACCGUGAUGGGAAUCCCAUCGAUCACGACCAACUUGUCUGGAUUCGGUUGUUUCAUGGAGGACUUGCUCGAGUCGCCCGAGGACUACGGGUGUUACAUUGUCGACAGGCGAUCUCAAUCGGUCGAAGACUCGGUCGAGCAGCUCACCAACCAACUCUUGUCGUUCUCGACCAAGACUCGUCGUCAGCGUAUUAACCAGCGAAACAGGACCGAGCGUCUCUCCGAGCUGCUCGACUGGAAGGCUCUCGGCCUCGAGUACGCCAAGGCCAGGCAGUUGGCGCUUCGUCGAGCCUACCCCGACUCGUUUGGCGACGACGAGCCCGACUUUAUCGGAACCACCCGGGUCGGUGCACCCUUCAGCGCUCCUGGAAGCCCGAAGUACAAGAGCGGCGCCAUGACCCCCGGUGAAUUCGGCACCUUGACCGAAGAGAUGGAGGGUCUUUCUACUUCGGAUUACAUGGGUGGCCGUGCCUGGCACGGAACCCAAGACGAGGAUGAGGAGACCUCGUACCCCUUCCCCUUGGUCAUGAAGCAGACCCGUAACCGAUCCGACUCGCUCAGUUCGGCCAUCUCUGGGACCAUGACCCCUAGCGGCGGACGAAGAUUGACGGAAAAGGAUUUGAUGGCCGCUGACGAGGCGUUGACCAACAACACCCACGUCAAUGGGCACUAG